UGCGUACGCAGAUGUAGGCUAUUCCGGUAAAAACUUCCGGUUUCUUUGAGUGACGAAGCACCAUCAUCACUGACAAAACAAAAUGGCCACUUACAAAGGAGCGGCAUCUGAAGCAGGGAGGGCUCAGAUCCUCAUGAAGAAAAGACAGAAAGAACAAGAUGAAAUAGAAGCAAAGAAGAAAAAGAUUGAAGAGGAAUUAAAAAUUGGAAGCAUAAACAACAAAUUUGCCGCCCAUUAUGAUGCUGUAGAACAGACUCUCAAGUCCAACACUAUAGGUCUCGUGACUUUGGACGAGAUGCGAGCAAAACAGGAGAGUGUGGUCAAGGAGAGGGAGAAACAGUUGGCCAAGAAAAAUGCAGAGGCACGAGUAAUUGAACAACAGAAGGAGGACAAGAAACGAAAGGAACAGAGAAAAAUAACAAUGUUGUCAUUCGACCCUGAGGAAGAUCAGGAUGAUGAUGAAGACGAUGAGGAAGAAGAGGAAGAAGAGCCUCAAUCUGCUCUGGAACUCCCACCAUCUAUAGUUCUAGACAAGAGCAAGAAGAGGAGAUUAGGUAUGAACCCGGAGGUGGACACCAGCUUCCUACCUGACAGAGACAGAGAUGAGGAGGAAAACAAGAUGAGGGAACAGCUGCAACAGGAGUGGGAAGAGAAGCAGGCAAAGAUCAAGAACGAGGAGAUCGACAUCACCUACAGCUACUGGGACGGCUCAGGACAUCGGCGACAGGUACGCAUGAAGAAGGGCAACAGCAUACAGCAGUUCCUGCAGAAGUGCCUGGAGAAUCUGCGUCGAGAGUUCAACGACCUGAAGUCCAUCACAGUAGACCAGCUGAUGUACGUCAAGGAGGACCUCAUCAUUCCACACCAUUACCUAUUCUAUGACUUUAUCGUCACAAAGGCGAGAGGGAAGAGCGGAGCUUUGUUUAGUUUUGACGUUCAUGAAGAUGUUCGAAUGGUGAGUGAUGCUCGAGUAGAGAAGGAUGAAUCCCAUGCAGGGAAGGUUUGUCUCAGAAGCUGGUAUGAGAGGAACAAGCACAUCUUCCCUGCAAGUCGAUGGGAACCGUAUGACCCAGAGAAAAAGUGGGAUUCUUAUUCUAUUUCCGACAAAAAUGCUGCCAAGAUUACUGUGAAGUAGAAAUUCAAUUAUCAUACCAAACUUACUACCACAGGAGAUAUCACUUGUGAGAACUGUAUGAUCCAGUCAAAAAGUGGGAUUCGUGUUCUAUUUCUGACAAAAAUGCUGCCAAUAUUACAGCGAAGUAGAGAAUCGGUUAUCUUCCCCUCAGGAGAUGCCAAUUGUGUGAUAUCAACCACUACAAGAAAAUUGCAUCGCCAUGCAUUGCAGAUGGUUGGGACACUAUUGGUUUCCAUGACAACACAAUAAAAUAAGAUCACAAA